AUGGAAUUUUUCGUCUUCGGAUUAGAUAAUAGCGUGGGCGAGUCGACCUUUGUUUGGCCCGACUUGACCUGUCUUUCUGAUGUUCAUUGUGCUGUGUUCUAUGGCUCGGAUCCUGGAUUGCUGUCAUCAAAGACUCGUGCUCUCAGCUUCGAUGAGCAUCUAUUUCGAAGUCUAAUCUUCGAGUGCGGUAUUCCCUUUGUUUUCAGAUACUUCCCGUCGCGAUCUUCUGUAACGACACUCUACGCAACCGAGUGUUCCUAUGUUGUGGACUUUAGUUCAUGCACCGACUCGCCGGAAACGUCUUUCAACUACUUGGACAUGGUUUCCUUUCUGACUUCGUACAAUUAUCCGUGGAUAUUCGAUGAUCCAACGAAAUUCGAUCAUUGCCAGACAUUUCAGCCAACAUUCUCCAUUUUCACGUCAAAAACCGAAAGACUCGUCUCGUUUGAGUUAAUCCAAAUUGAAAAUGGAUUCCUCCAAGUGUUUGCUGGACAUGAUCCAAAUCUGAAUGAUCCGCCAAACUGUGCAUUGGCAGUGACAUUUUGCCCAUUAGACCACCCGCAAAAUGCUCGAUUCGGAUUCGUGGCCAAACUGGGAAUGGCUCCAGUGGAACCACCGGAGAAUGUCACAUGUUUGAGAACAAUCACCCUGACGAAAGAUGAGCCACAGGCUGUUUUUGGUGGAGGAAGCGUACUCGAAGCAGAAAGUUUAUUUGGUAAAGUAUGCAAUGUGAGCAAAUCGCCCCUUCCGAUUAACGGUCGAUAUCCUGAGAUCGGUCAAUGGAAUGCAAGGUUUUAUACCGACAAUUCAUCCUCUAUAUUAACAACCCAAUUCAUCGCCGAUGGCUUCAUUUAUUUGAAUGAUGCGUCGGAUCUUGUGAUACUUUUUAUUGAUGGGUAUACUAAUAUGAAAUAUCGGGUCGAGAAAUCGAAUCGACCCACCUGGAUCAUAGCCGCGUUCAAUAUUUUUGAAUUUCGGAAAUUGAGGAAAAUUCGAGAGGAUCGAACCUCAAAUCCAUGUGAAUAUAAAAUCUACGCGGGUCCACCCAGUGGAACAGAGAAUCAUCCGCAACGAUUGCUCAAUACUUACAGUGAUAAUGACCCCUUUCUGGAGCAAUACCUCCUCUCCGAUCUCUACAGUAUCCUCGUUCCACCCGGAUGCGCACCCAGUUUGGCCGUCGAUUUUAAAUUCUGUAAGAACAAUUGGAGGCAUAUUUUCUUACACAAA